AACACCACAAUCCUCUAACAGUAACCUCAUGCCAAUCAAACCCAAAAUGUCCCAUCUCCAAACCCUCCUCACCACCGCCGCCCACCCUCUCCCCCCAAUCCACCACCCCACCUUCGCCUCACACUUCGACUCCCUCCUCUCCUCCUCCCGCAUCACCCUCCUCGGCGACGGCAGCCACGGCACCUCGCAAUUCUACUCCGCCCGCGCCGAAAUCACCAAACGCCUCAUCACCCACCACGGCGUCACCACCAUCGCCAUCGAAGCCGACUGGCCCGACGCCGAAACCAUCGACCGAUACAUCCGACAACGUCCAGCCCCGAAACCCUCCUCCUCCUCCUCGGCCUCGCAACCCCCCUUCCAACGCUUCCCCACCUGGAUGUGGCGAAAUCGCGAAACAUUCGACCUGAUCGAAUGGCUGCGCACAUACAACGCCUCCCGUCCCGCGGCCCAACAAGUCGGCUUCUACGGUCUGGAUCUCUAUAGUCUGGGGACGUCCAUCCGCGCCGUCACAGAUUACCUAGAUCGGAUCGACCCCGCGGCAGGUAAAGAAGCGCGACGCCGAUACGGCUGUCUCCAGCCGUGGGUAGAGGAUCCGACGGCGUACGGGCUCGCCUCGCUGCGGGGGAUGGCGGAUUGCGAGAAGGGGGUUGUGGAUAUGCUGCGUGACCUGUUACAGCGACGACUGGAGUAUACGGAGCUGGAUCCGCACGACGGGGAGGAAUAUCAUAGUAGUCAGCAGAAUGCAUACUUGGUGCGUGACGCGGAGAGAUAUUACAAGGCGAUGUAUUAUAGUUCUGCGGAGUCGUGGACGUUACGGGAUACGCAUAUGGUGGAUACGUUGCGGCGGGUGUUGAGGCGGAAGGGACCGGCGGGGAAGGCGGUGGUGUGGGCGCAUAAUUCGCAUUGUGGGGAUGCGCGGUAUACGGGGAUGGGGAGGGGAGGGAGGGAGGUGAAUAUUGGGCAGCUGUGUCGGGAGCAGUUUGGGGAUGGUGAUGGGGAUGGGGAGGUGGUGUUGGUGGGGUGUGGGACGCAUGCGGGGACGGUGGCGGCGGCGCGGGAGUGGGAUGAGAAGAUGGAGGUGAUGAAGGUGAGGCCGUCGCGGGAGGAUAGUUGGGAGUGGUUGGCGCAUCGGACGGGGGUGGAGAGUUUCGUGUGGGAUUUGAGGGGGAUGAAGGGAAAUGGGGAGUUGAGGGAGUUGAUGGAGAGGGAGAACCGGUUGGAGAGGUUUAUUGGGGUUAUUUAUCGGCCGGAGACGGAGCGCAUGUCGCAUUAUUCGGAGGUCGAUUUGUUGGAUCAGUUUGAUGCGUAUGUGUGGUUUGAUCGGACGGAUGCUGUACAGCCGUUGGAGACGGGGCAGCCGAAGACGGCCAUGGGGACGGAGGAGACGUAUCCGUUUGGGUUGUGAUGGAUGAAGUGAAGUUAUACUUAGACUACGGAGUACAUAUGUCGGAUAAGAGGGAAGGGUUAGAAUGGUGGGUUAGUAGAGGAAUGUGGUAUGGUAUAGUAAAUGUUG